CACUCGUCGUCGCCGUCGCAUUAGUUCGUUUGACUCUCAACUCGACUCUCAGCCACAGUUCCAGCCACAGUCACAGUUACAGUUACAGUCACAGCUCCAGGGUCCAGGUCCAGGUCUAGUUCCAGGUUCAGGUCCAACCACAGCACCACAGGCACAGGCACAGGCACAGCCACAGCGACCAGCUAUAGCACCGGAACAGUAACCGCCAUCGUUAUAUCGCUAUAUCGCUAUAUCGCUUAUCGUUUAGCUGCCGGAAAAAUCUGACGCCGUCGGUUAUCGCCGUUUUUUUUAAGUUGAUGCAACCUCCAGCUGAAUGCCAGUGACAAAUACCAAAACGAAAAUAUUGUACAAGUGAAAAAGUGAGCCCAAGAAAUACGAAAGGAAUUCCAUUCCGCAAUAAAAAAUUAUCCCAAAAAUCCUCAAUCCUCAAUAUUAUUAUUCUUCCCUUUUUGGCUCAAUUGACACCACAAAAAAAAACAACAACAACAAAUCACACAGCAACAACAAAAUCCUAAAAAACAAAAACCCUUUUUUGGAACAAGGAAAGCACAAAUUCGAGCGCAAAAAAAAGCCAAUAUAAAAUUUCACAAAACAAAACUGUUUUAAACAAAUUAAACAACGAAGAAAAAAAAAACGGAAAACUGUGAAAGGACCCACAACAAAAAAAGCCAUAAGUAAAACAUAAGAAAUGCUAACUCGACAACACGAAAAAAUAAUUACAAAUAAAAACAAAAAAUAACUAAAAACUCGCCAGUCCCCUGACCAGCCAAAAGUUAUUCCGGGCUCAGCAAAAGUUUUGUUUCUUCGACCAAUAACAACAAAAUCAAAUAAACAAACAAACAAGACCAAAACCAAAAACCAAACAAAAAAAAAUAAACAAACACAUUUUUAAAAAUUAAUCUGUCAAGGACAUGUGUGAAUCGAUUAAUUGAGCGAGCAAAACAAAAAAAGUUCCAUCAUUCCAUCCUCCCACCAAACAAAACACCAAACACACAUGAAAAACAGGGGAAAAGCUAAGAAAAGAGAAAGUGAAGAGUAAGAGUAAGAGUAAGAAGAGUAAGCCAUUUUGAAAGCUCUAUUGGAACCACCCGCCACCAAUCCCCGAUUCGAAGAAUUCUUAAGUGCUCCACCCCAAAACACACACAAGUUUCGGUUUCGUUUCGAUAUCGUUUAGGCAGAGAAGAAAACAUAAUUAUUCCUAUAGAUACUACUAUCGUAUAAAUACUUUAUACAUAGAUAUAUAAACGCGAGCUAAGCCAAAGCCAGAAAGUCGAUCAAAUACAACCAAAUCCUCGUUAAAGCAACAACAAAAGAAGAGAACAAAAAACGAAAGCAGCAAAAAUGGCAUCCGAAUUGGAUCAGUUCGCCGACUUGGAGCUAUCGAAGGAGGAUCGCGAACAGAUCUUCGAUCCGCCAUUGGAUCGGCAGCAGUUGGAAGGUGCUGGCACCUCAAGUGUUACGACAUCAAAACUCUUAAUAAGCGGCAUACCGAUGCAAACACGUUUCGAAGACAUCGAACCGCUACUGAAGCCCUUCGGCAUCGUGAAACAAUGCGAGGCUAUUUCUAGUAAGGACCAAUCUACUCAAACAGUACAUAUUACAUUCGAAAACCCUGAGCAGGCGCAAAGAGCUGCUGGCGGCCUCAACGGAGUCGAAUUCGAGGGCAACAAGCUCCAUUGCGAGCAGCUGGAUAAAAACCAGCGUCGCAGUCAGCGCAAUCAGCGCAAUACGUACCCGGGUAUGCCGGGACCCGGGCGCCAGGCUGACUUCCCGCUGCGCAUUCUCGUCCAGAGCGAAAUGGUUGGGGCCAUUAUCGGACGACAGGGCAGCACGAUCAGGACAAUCACACAGCAGAGUCGGGCCCGUGUGGAUGUGCAUCGCAAGGAGAAUGUCGGCUCCCUGGAGAAGUCGAUCACGAUCUAUGGCAAUCCGGAGAACUGCACCAAUGCCUGCAAGCGCAUUCUGGAGGUGAUGCAACAGGAGGCCCUCUCCACGAAUAAGGGUGAAAUCUGCCUGAAGAUACUGGCCCACAACAAUCUGAUUGGAAGGAUCAUUGGAAAGUCUGGGAACACCAUCAAACGGAUCAUGCAGGACACCGACACGAAGAUCACCGUCAGCUCGAUCAAUGACAUCAACAGCUUCAAUCUGGAGCGCAUCAUCACGGUGAAGGGUUUGAUCGAGAAUAUGUCGCGGGCCGAGAACCAGAUCAGCACCAAACUGCGACAGAGCUACGAGAAUGACCUACAGGCGAUGGCACCGCAGAGCCUCAUGUUCCCCGGCCUUCAUCCCAUGGCAAUGAUGUCGACACCCGGCAAUGGCAUGGUCUUUAACACAAGCAUGCCAUUCCCAUCGUGUCAGAGCUUUGCCAUGUCCAAGACGCCGGCCAGCGUAGUUCCGCCGGUCUUCCCCAAUGAUCUGCAGGAGACGACAUAUCUCUAUAUACCGAACAAUGCCGUUGGGGCGAUCAUCGGCACCAAGGGCUCCCAUAUACGUAGCAUAAUGAGAUUCUCGAAUGCAUCCCUGAAGAUUGCACCCCUCGAUGCCGACAAGCCGCUGGACCAACAAACGGAACGUAAAGUAACGAUUGUUGGUACACCGGAGGGUCAGUGGAAGGCGCAGUACAUGAUCUUUGAGAAGAUGCGCGAAGAGGGUUUCAUGUGCGGCACCGAUGAUGUUCGUCUAACGGUCGAACUGCUUGUGGCAAGCUCUCAGGUCGGCCGUAUUAUCGGCAAGGGAGGUCAGAAUGUGCGCGAACUGCAGCGCGUGACGGGCAGUGUCAUCAAGCUGCCAGAGCAUGCCCUGGCCCCGCCAGCAGGCGGUGAUGAGGAGACGCCCGUUCACAUCAUUGGGCCAUUCUACAGCGUACAGUCCGCCCAGCGUCGCAUCCGGGCCAUGAUGUUGUCCACGAACCCGCCGCCAGUGACCAAGAAACAGAAAGCUGCCAAAGAACAACUGCAACAACAGCAACUGAGCUUAGCCGGUGCUGCGACCAGUGGAUCCCAGCAGCUUCAGCAACAGCAGCAGCAACUUUCGCCGACGUUGCAGCAACAGCAGCAGGCACUGCCGCCGCAAUCGCACCAUCAAUCUGUGUCGGCGUCUUCGUCGUCAUCGACGCCGCCUGCCCAUCAUCAGCAGCAACAGCAGCAGGCGUCGUCGGCAGCGACUUCGCACCAAUUGCAGCAGCAACCGUCGCCGCCACUGAGCGCUAGCAAUGAAACUCUGGCCACCUCCCAGCAGCAGCUGGCGAGCUCGCAGCAGUAAGAAGUAGUAAGCAGAAAUAUCACUUGGAACGAGGAAGGAGAAGAUUUAGCGCCGCAACAACCAGCAACAGCAACAGCCACAACAGCAAUCGGAGGCUGCAACCAGCAACCAUCGAUAUCAGCAAUAGCCAAGGCAGGGUUUUCUUUUAUGUACUACUACUACCACAACUAAUACUACUACUACCACUUCUACUACUAUCAAUACUACCUCCUACCCUCGUCUCAAAAGCAGAAACCACAAACCAUACCAUACCAUACCCUACCCUACCCUACCACAACCACCCAUAGGCGCCACCUUCGUGCUGGCACAGGCGACCAAUCCGCAACAGGAAAACAUAUAAAGAAACAGAAACAGGUUGAAAUCGUCAUGUGAAAGAUGUUCUUCCUAGUUUAUAACAGUGUAUAAUAGUUGCAGUUGUAUAACAGACAACUAAAAACCAUCCUAAACAAUACACAAGAAAAUGUUGAAUCAAUGCAUGCUACGAAAUAAAGUGAAAUUCUUGAAUAGAAGGAAAAAAUUAUAAACCCACCCCGCCCUCCCCCACUUUGUGCUGUGUGUCCCAUGUAUAACAGAUAACUGUGGGAUGUUUUUCCAUCACCAACAACAGCAACGGCACAAAGUCCACAGUCAAACAAAUUCUACCACCCCCGCACCCCCUUCCCCAACAUCCCCGCAGAAUGGAGUGCAUGAAGGAAAAGCAUAAAGCAGAAGCAAAAGGAAAAAUUGAGCAUUGUAUGCGUUAGAUUUUUUUAAAAAUAUAUUUAAUUAUAAAAAGUUAAUUCUUAAUUUUUUUUUUUAAACAAAACUUUAGAAAGCUUAAAUUUAAGUGAAAACAAGAAUUGAAAGCCGAUCAGCGGAAAGAGUAUAAAGAAGGAGAGACAAGAGAACGAAAUAGAAAAGAGCAGAAGCGAAAAGAAAAGUUUGUUUUGUUUGGACAACAAUUAUAACAGAGAAAUUAUUGUACACAUGCAAAAUUAUAAACGAAAUUGUAACCCAAAACAGAAUAAAACGAAAGAUUCAAUGAACGAUUGAACAGAACAGAACAGAUAAGAACCGAACCGAAAAGUACAGAAGAGAGAUUCAAGCAGAUUUACAACAAGAAAAACCAACAACACACAAGAAAAGAAAAGGCAGCCAGGAAACUGUAACAGUUAUAUGCAGCACAAUGUCUAACAGUCGAUGUAGGUGUCACGCCCAACAACAACAGUUGUACAUAGUACAUGUAACAGAGAGAUACCUAAACACCAACCCAACCCUACCCUACUAAAAACAACCAAACCACCAAUAACUAAGGAAAGAAACCCAACUAUCUAAUGUAUACAAUAUAGUAAGUAGCUGAGUUAGUCUCGAGCUGCCAUUGUAAUGGAUGUAAUGGAUGGAUGGAUAGAUGGAUGGAUGGAAGGAGAGGAAAGGAGAGGAGAGGAGUGGGCAUUAUGCGGGAUUUGAUUUCCUUUCCCGGUAAUGUCCAGCGAGAGCAAUGUUUAACUGUACUGUACAGCUGUAAAAUAGUCUUGUCGAUGCCUGGAAAAGAUAGUUGUUUGUAUUGAUAGCUCUUUUUGUUUGUUUGUGUGUGUGGCAAGAAGUUACAAGAAUUGUUGAUUAUACUUAGAGGAGGACAGAGAGCGCAAAAGCUAGAGCGAACGCGAUAGCGAAAGAAAAGAGUAUAAGUGUUAAAGAAACUAUUGUAAUGUGUUUGCCUUGAAAUGAAAACAAAAGAAAAAAAUGAAUACGAAUACGAAAAGAAACGAAAGUGAAAGUGAAAGAAACUAACUAGAAAUGAAAUAACGGUGCUGAAAUGUUAAUUUUUUUUAAUCGAACGAAGAAAAGUUUAUCGUUACGUUACGUUACAUUAAGUGUUACGUUAUAACGUUUGAGCGUGUAUGAGAGAGACAAGCUGUUAUACAUGGAUGGGACACCACACAGAAAUAUUGACAUAGAUAGACAUAGCCACAAUCCAAAAUCCAAACUGUACACCACACACAAUCACAAGUAAAAAAAACUGAAGAGUGCAUUUAAUAUGGUUCAAACCAUAUGGCAGCAGUAGAGCAGUAGAACAGUAGCACAGUAGAGUGCAGUAGAGAACAGUAUAUGACAGAAUCAAGCCAUAGCUAAAGAAACCGCAAUCCAAGUAACUGAAUCCCGUGAGCAGCAAACAAUCAAACUACAAUCAAGCCAAAAGCAUACAUACAUAUACAUACAUAUAGCAUCAGCAAUAGCCCAAUUCUGUGAUGUUUUAAGGCAUCAUCUAUUAUCUAUUAACUAAUAAUUAACGUAAAUCUUACAACUAGUAGCUAGUAGCUAUUCCAUAGAAUUAAUGUAACCAAACAAAUCAAAUCAAAUCAAAUUCAAACCACACCCGGAAGCCCCAGCCAGCCCCAACCCUUUUGUUUGUAUAACACUUGCAUCAAAGACAGACAGAGAGAGAGAGAGAAAGAGAGAAAGGGAAAGAGAACUGUUAUAUUCAGGCACCCAAAAUAAAUAAAAACUAAAAAGAAAAAUCAACAUUUCGGCAAACCAAAAACAAAACAAAAAACAAAAAACAACAAGCGCAAAAGAGCAUGAAGAAAAAACAUUUCGGUCAAAACAAGCAACAAGAUGAAAACUUUCGAGUGGCAAAAUUUUGUGGAAAAACGCAAACAAUCAGACAAAGAAGAGAAGAACAACAUUUUUGGACAAAAUUCAAGAAGCAUUUUAAGCCAGCAAGCAGCGUGUACAAGCUUAGGGGCAGCCCAAUUUUUUGAAAUAUCAGAUUUUCCUUGUUCUUUUUAAGAAGAAACAAAGGGAAGCAAACCACAAGAAGAACUUUGAUGAAGAAGAUUGAAAAAGUAAUUAAAAUACCUCAAUGUAAGUGCAUUAUCUUCUACAAAAAGAAAAAACAAAGCAAAAAGAAACAAAAAAAAAAAACAAAAAAACAAAACAAAGAACGUUCAUAAUGAAUAGAUAUCCUAAAAAUGAGCUAAACACAGAAAUGGAAUAAAAAUAAAAAAAGAGAAAAUGAAACGAAUUACGAGAAACCUAAACCUUAAAGUUAGUGUGUAAGCAAAAGAUAAA